AUGAACUCCAUCCGACAGAUUCAGGCUCUCAACAAACGGGAAUUAGAAACCGCAGUCUCCCCAGAAGCUUCCUGGCACGCCGACUAUCGUGACACGGCUUAUAUCUACAUCGGCGGUUUACCAUAUGAUCUUAGCGAAGGUGACAUUCUAACCAUAUUCUCCCAAUUCGGUGAACCGGUGCACCUCAAUCUAGUUCGCGACAAGGAUACGGGGAAAAGCAAGGGAUUUGCAUUUUUAAAGUAUGAGGAUCAGAGAAGUACCGAUCUAGCCGUGGACAAUCUUUGUGGUGCGACUGUGAUGGGAAGAUUGCUGAGGGUUGACCACAUGAGGUACAAACGAAAAGAAGAGGAGGGCUUGGAAGAUAAUAUUGCAGCAUUAGAUAAGGAAGAGCUGGAGAGACAACGGGGUGGACGGGACCAUGAUCGUGAUCAUCAUGGUUAUAGGACGUCUAGAAGGCGCCGAUCGGAGAGCAAGAGUGACGGUGAGAGAAGGAAACGGCCGUUACUGAAGGAAGAAGUGGAACUGGCACGGCUUAUUGAGGAGCAUGAUGAUGAGGAUCCAAUGAAAGAAUAUUUAAUACAGGAAAAGAAAGAAGAGGUUGCAGCAGCGCUGGCAAAAUCGAAAUCAAGCAGGCGACGAAACGAUAGCGCCGAGCGACGGGAUCGACACCGGCAUCGCCGUCAUCACCGACGGAGACAUAGCGAAGAACGUUCCCGUUCGCGUGAAAGACGUCAUGCACACCGUAGAAGAUCGCGAUCGCGAUCGCGAUCUCCCUCAAGGGGGCGGAGACAUCGAAGAAGAGAUUACAGCCCGUGA